AGAAAGUCAACGAGGUUUUUUUCGAGUACUUAGUGACUUCAGUAUUGGAGCAGCCAGCGCUGUUGAUUGAAAAAAAGCUCAAAUGUGCCACGUACGAUUAAGGCAGUUUUUGUCGCAGCGAUCUCAAUUACUACUUGUAGGGUAAGUUGUCUUUAAGCUAACGUUGUCUAGAACAAGGCAAAGAAGUCUGUCAGAUAGAAAGACACGAAAAAACAUGGGAGUACCAACCACGCCCCUUCUUGGGGUAGUGGCGCUCACGGCGAUUACGGCCGUACACGCAGAGGUAUUGCACAUCAGCAGAAUCGCUGUGAACGAAACUGCGCGUAUCCGCCAAUGCUUACAGUCUCCUUUCGUUAUUUUACAGAACUAUAUCUGAUUCUGACCAAUGAAUAGCAAAAGAUUAUCGAUGCGUCCAUCGUGCAUGACAUCUUUAAUAUUACGCCGUAUUUCAAGUAGUAAAGGGAUUAUAAGUACGUAUUUCUUUGUCUGUUGUAAGAAAGUAUGUAGUCCAAAAUGAAUUUCAGAGUGUGGCGAACGCUUGGACUCGUUUCAAAGCGGAAGCCUCCUAUUCGUCUGCGAUCUCGGAACACAAGCUCAAGGGCGCCUUUUGCAGACAGAAAAGGACCAAUGGGGUAGUACAAAAUAAGACAUGCAUAAAGGGUCUCAUAAAUGCAAAUGGCGCCAUCUAAUAUCAAAUAAAAAUGAAAACCUGUUUCUGUUUCUCGUCUUGCUUCGAUCGGUAGAAAAUGACACUCAUCAUCUGCUUACAAUCACAUCCACCUCAGGUUUCUUGCACUACAAGCCGGGCGUGCCUAUGAUGGACGCAAAACCUAGCAUUCCGGGCAUGCACCGAUACGUCGCAUGUUAUGGAGAUCGUUCGGACGCGAUUGCAGAUCUUCUCGACGAGUGCAAUGAGGAUAAUCGUGAUUGCGCCUGUACUACUUGGAUCUAUUUUUAGCAUUACCAUUAUUUCUAGUGCAACUUGCAAGUCGUCUGUUAAUCCUUUAUCACGUCUUCCAUUUCUAGUCGCACUUGCAGUAUGACUUCUACGUUGAGACAAUCCUUCUUUGGAAAUUCGAUCAUAUACAUAUUCUUAAAAACUAUAACAGCUUGCGGGAGAGCAGCAGAAAUUUGUUAUGGCGACUCGAAUUCGUUCAAGGUCUCACAAUUUUACGCUUCAGGCUGUGACACCGAUUCCAACACGAUGCGCGUCUCCCGUACUAAGAAUUUCAAUUUCUCAAGUUUUGACGAUGACUUGGUUGUACCAUAAAAAGUGGAUAAUUUAAGUUUAAGUCUUCUGGCGGUUUGCUUUCGGCAAUAGGACUAUAGCGAAGACAGUGUGUAAAAGUUUCUUGUUAUGCUUUCGCUUUAGGAAGUUUUGUUUUCUGAUAAGUGAACAGGCCAACGCCUAAACCACUAAGCCAACUGCGCAGUUCACUUAUCAAUCAAACUACCUAGGGUUCGAGUCCCGGUAAUAUCAAAAAAAGUGGCAGGGUCCAAAAUACGCAUCGAGGCCAAAGGGUGGGAGGCGUCUGAUUGAGCGCGCUCCAGUGCACACACCCGCCACAGAAUGAGCCAAGUCUGUAAGACGCAGCCACCGAUGAGCCCGACAUCGGCAAACUUGACCGGUCCCACCCAAGAAGGGGGGGGCCUGGCCACUGAGAUCGCGAGAAUGGCGGAUGUCCAGUCCCCAACGAACCUGGCAGCCUAGUGAUACCGGUUGCAAAAGAAAGGCGGUGACCCACCUAGCUACGGCAGGGGGUGCCUAGCGACAGAGAUCGCGAGAAAGGCGGCCGAACCCACCCCGGUAGUUUGAUUGAUAAGUGAACAGGCAAACGCCUAAACCACUAAGCCAACUGCGCAGUUGGCUUAGUGGUUUAGGCGUUGGCCUGUUCACUUAUCAUUUUCCAACAAUAGGGCCUUUUCUCGUCACUCCGUCACCAGGUCCUUUCAGCGAGCGACCCGAGAAACAGGCAGACGCCGCAUUAUUCACGUUCGUGCUUGACGAAUUGAACAAGGAAAAGGGCGGUAAGCUAGCAGGAGGAAAAGGGUUCAAUUCGGCGACAAAGGCGUCAGGCGGAUAUACAAAGAAGGGCGCUCCUGGGAAAGCGACUGAUUAAGGCAAGCAGAUAGAGCGCAUCCUCAGCAUCGUUCUCGCUUAUUUUCCUAAGGGGAAAAGUAAGGCGGCAAGGGAGCUGUCAGGGAUGCGAAAGACUUUCGCAUAGCCCUAAAUAGAUGACAAAGAGGACAGCGGACUUCCGGCUACGAUUGCUUCCUGGUGGAGCGAUCUGUUUCCGAACGCAAUGAGUGACUCGCCCAAUGCGGUUGCUCGCACUGCGCACCACGGUGCCGAUCAUUCGACGACUGAGCCGGCGAAGGGCGGCAACAAAGCUGCAGAGCCUGCGCCGCCUCAAGCAGAGGAUAGUGCGUCGUGGUGGUCGAGCUACCUCGCUGAAGCGCGCGGUGAGAAGACCUUGGUUCCGGUUCCGAAUGCAGGCAAGAAGAAAGCAGCCCCUGCGCAAUCGAAAGAAGAAGCUGCGGCUGCUCUGUCGAAGGAGUCGCCCAAGAUGACAGCAGGUGCACAACCAGAGAAGGGAGGAUCCUGGUGGACGGACCUGUUCGUCGAAACGCCAUCGGCACCUGCGGCAAAAGCUGGAUCAGCUGCUCCGAAGAAGCCUGUAGGUGAAAAAUCAGUUGCUGCAGCACCGCCAGCCGCGAAUGCUCCAUGGUACUCUAACAUCUUCGAUGCUGAAAAACCAUUCGCUCCGGCGAUGAAGGCGGCCC